UGGAUAAAAAAUAAUGAAACUAAAAUUUAAAUGAUUUCGUAAUAACGAUGACACAAUGAUAUACUCGUCUCGUAACAUGAGAGACAGGUUUUUUAUUUACUUGCUACAUGUCAGCACGUAAUGAACUAUAAUAGAUUUUACCCAUAAAAUGGAUAAUUAGAUCAAAAUAUAGUUUAAAAGUAUGCAGAAACAAAGCAAAAACAUGGCAGAGGAAACUGAAAAACUUCCCAGUAAUAUGUUAACGGCAGAAGAAUUAUUAGAAAACAAAGGUUUGAAAUAUAAUGCUUGGGAUGAAUAUGAAACAUCAGCUAAAACUCUUCCAAAGACUGGAAUGAAACAGUUUGAACCAAAUAAUUCUUGGUUACAAAAUAUGCAAAUUGAGAAAGGUAUUAUGACUAGGAAAAAUCUAAUAGCCAUAGAAAGAGUAGAUCGAAUAUCUCAAUUAGCUAGUGCAGAAUGGUUGCCUGCACAGAAAAGGGCUAAAGUAAAAAAAUACUCUGGUCAAGAUUGGAGUAGUUUUGGUUUGGAAAAAGAUGGUGCCUUGUAUUUAAUACCAGAAGAAGCAUUGUUUCUUCUAGAAGCUAAUUGUUUGGAACUUACAUGGAAUGAUGUACCAUUGUCUAUCCAGCAAGCUUAUGAACUUUUAAUUGAUAAUGUUGAAUGUACAUUAGAGGAAUAUAGGGUCUACAGCCAAUUAGUACGGUAUGGUUAUCGUAUACAGCGUUUUAUUUACAAUACCGAAAGAAGCACAAAAGGUGAUGAAAGUAGUAACAUAAAACGUAAAGUUAUUGUUGAGCCUGAAAAUGGUCUUUGGAUGACUGAUAUGCAACAACAAAAUAAUGAUUGUAAAAAUGCACAUGGUAAAAAAUCUGAUAGUCCUUCAGAAAGAAUUGAUAGAGAUAUUAGUAAUUCUCCCAUAGAAAUUUGUCAUGACGUGACAGAACACAAAGAUAUACCAAAAGAUGUAAAUAAAGUUGUAGAUGAUCUUCUCUGUGCAGUAGAAAAUAUUGAAGCUCAAUCUAAAAAUACUGAAUGUAAAGACAAUAUGGAAAAUAAAAAAGAAUCAGAUAUCAAUUUGCAAACUAUGAAUGCAAAUGAAAAUAAAAAGAAACGAAAUUCUGGAGUAGAAAUUAUAUCAGAAGAAACUCUAUUAGGUACUAUUAAAAUUGUCACAGACCAUAUAAAUGAUUCUACCAAAGGAAAUAAUACAUCAGCAAAUUGGCGAGCAUCGCGCAUACAACGAAAUGUUAAAUUAUUGCCUAAAAGGACAGAUAAAAUAUCAUCACCUACUGAAAGUUUGGAUUCUAGCAUUAAAAAUUCUGAAUCUUCUUCAAGAAAACAUAAAUCUUCUUUACCACUUAAAGAAAAUUUACAAGUUAAGAAAUCAAAACAUGAGGUCAUAGAACUUUCGGAUGAUGAAAUUCAAGAGGUACCGAAACCAAUGUCACGGUUGGAUUUACUAAACUUAAUUCCAAAUAUUGCAUUUCAAUCCACAAUUACAAUAAACAUUUCAAGAGGGCACAUACCACAUAGUAUAAAGCCUCAUAAAACUAUUUACCAUUAUGAAAGUGUAAAAUUAAGAAAUUUACAACAAGCAGAUAAAAGAUUACGAUCGGGUCAAAAUUUAGAACAUUCAAAUAAUAAUUCGAAUCAAAGUCAGUGUAAUAAUACUAUUACGGGUAACAAUACUAGAAGAAAUACAAAUAUUGUUCCGUUGAAUCAAACUUCAGCAACGAAUGUGCACAAUGCUCUCAUGCAAGAUUAUUUUCCCAUGCAGCAUGGACAACAUGCAAAUUUUGGUCCUAAUUAUGUAUAUAAUAAUAGGUUGCCAUAUACAUAUAGUCAAAAUCUAUACUGGCACCAUAGAAAUACUAUGUUUCAAAAUAUAUUUGUUGGUGUUGGUAAUCAUAGUACUGCUGCUCACCAAAACAGAUUCAUGUCAGUACAAACAAACAAUUUAUCAGUACCAAAUAUAAGUAAUAACACAAUCAGGCAUUGUUUUACUCGAAACCAAGUUUAUCAUAAUUUUCAUCAGAAUUCCUUAUCAGUACGAAAAUUAUAUCAUCACAGAAUAAUAGAAAAUACAUCGAUACAUUGUAGUGUAGCUAGAAACGUGUUACUCCCAGAUCCUCGCCCAAGGUAUUGGCCACGAAAUCACCAUAGAAUUACAAAUAUAUUACCAAAUCAUAACGAUGAAGUAUAUCAAUCUUCAUUUAAAGUAUUACCAGGAGCAUCAUCAUGGGUAGAAUUAAAGACUAAAUGGCGCGAAGAAAAAACAAUCACUAUCGAUGAUGAAGAUACAGAAAAAGAGGAGAUUGAAGACUCUAAUGAAGUUCAAGUAGUUAGACAAUUACGGAGUCCUCUUAUCGGGCCAAAGAAUGCAAAUAGUCUUGAGGAAGUUUUUAGUAAGCUUAAAAUAAUUAAAUCUGCACCUGAGAAAAUUGUAAGAAGAAAAAAAAAUAAAUACAAAAUAUCGUACAAUAUUUAUUCCAAUACACAAAAUUAUAGGAAAGCAAAUCCUGGUCUUCCAUUUUACCGAGUAGUCGUAGUAAGACAAGAUGAUACAUUUAUACAACCAAUUGAAUUGCACCGUUUGCUGCAGGAUGCAGACAAUUCGCCAAUAUUAUUGGCAUGUGUUUCAAUGUCAAUUUCAUAUAUUCAACCAGGAUUUAUAUCUAUACCUAAUUUAGCAUAA